AUGGAGACGAGCCUCAAAUCGACUCCGCACUCGGUGAAGCGGUGGCAGCUCAGCGGGACAGACUACGAAGCUCGCAGCCUCCAAACCCGCUUCAGCUGCUGGACUCCUCUGAACAACAAGACGGGAAACCUGCAGUUAUUUGAGGAGAGGAUCGGCCUUGUGCUCCACUGGUUUGACCUGUGGACGGACAGACAGAGGAAACACCUGCUGCACACUCUGCUCACACGCUGCGCCAACUCACAGCUCAAGUACUGCAGGGAUUUGCUGAUUCAGGCACUUCCAGUGACUCAAGUGGACUUCACGGCAGUGCUGCCACGCUUCCUGUCUCUGUAUGUGAUGUCAUUCCUGUCUCCUCGUGACCUCUGCUCUGCUGCUCAAGUCAGCUGGCACUGGAAGGUCCUGGCUGAACAGGACUGUCUCUGGGCAGGCCGCUGUACCCGAAGAGGCUGGUUUCUUCCAUACACUCCUGGAGAAAGAGAGUUGGGAGCGUGGAAGAACCACUAUGUCUCCUGCGUGUCCACUCUGGACUGGCUCACUCCUCGGGAGGCAGCGGAGUGGUACGGCACCCUCAACCAGCAAAGCAGCGGGAUAACAGAAGAAGAGGAAGAGAGAAGGAAGGAGAGGAGGAUCAGGCAGAUGAUCAGAGAGAAACUUCAGGAGGAGAAGAGAACAUCCAUGAGAACCAGGAGAGCCUGGGGCAGCUACACAAAGCCUGGAGAAGCCAGAGGUAGAUGUUCCCAGACAGGGACGCCCACUUCUGGGAUAACAUUCAGCUCAUGGCCCUCCCUUUCCUGGCCUCCGAGGACUGUUGAGUCUCCCAGUCUCUGUCUUAGCCUGGACCAGGGACAUGAAAGGCUGAACAAAGCCAGUGGAGCUCUGUCCGCCUUCACCUACAGACCUGCACCCCGAAACACCGCCUCUUCCAUCCAUCGCAGCAAUCCUCUCUUUUUAUUGCUGGUCUCCAACAGAAUUCCUGCCUAUGAGUUGGUGCUGAGUGGCGUCAAGGCAGGAGUGAUUGUAGUUCUGUAUGACCACAGAGGGACUCUCUCAGCUCUCUUAGCCCAGGUGGAGAGGGCUGUUUUUGGGCAGCGAGCGCAGAGGCUGGGCCUGUUAGCUCCGGGAGGAACAGAGGAAAUCCAUCUGCUUCACAGUUGUAGCCUAUCUGAGCGCACUCUGCCGACCCCUGACCACAGAGAAUUCUGGGAAAAACUGUGCGGCUGGGUGGCACCAACCGAGGAAGGAGGAGGUGUUGACAUCUUCUCACCGCUGGCAGCAUCAGCCUCAGGAGUGGCUCUCAUCCAGACUCUCUCUGCUCUUACUGGUCUCAAGGUUUGGGCGCCAACGGGUCUUGCCACUGGAAGUUUUCAGAAUAUCAUGAGCGAGUGGUCUGACGGCAGUUUGUGCGCCGAGCUCUCAAACCAGCAACUGGCAGUCCCGGCGCACCAGUAUGUGUGUGAGAGCAUACUGCAGGGCUGGUGCAGACAGGCUCAGUGGAUGGAGGAGGCUCUGGUGGAGCUGAGGGGCCGACUGGGGCCACAGCUACAGCAGGUCAGCCUCGUGGCCAGGGGCCGAGCUCUUGGUCAGUUUUUGUGGGAGAAAGUCUGUCUUGAGGACCUGUGUUUGUCAAAAGACCUAAGUGUGGCUCUGACUGAAGGACUCACUGCUCUCACCAGAGAGGAAGAGGCCCGACCAUUGGAGUUUCUCGCCAUCUUCCUGACAAGAUGGAGUGAGCAGAAGGAGGGAGGAGAGAGUAGUGGAGAGAAAAAGUGGACAAACGAAGGAGUAGAUGAUUUCUCAUCAGCCCCACAUAGCUCACAGAUAUGCAUGAUGCCUGAACAACCACGGAUGAUGUUAGAUUGGAGAGGCGUAGCAGCCAGAGAGCUGCACCACAGCGAGUGUCUUUAUCUAAGCAGGCUGAACGCUGUGCUAAAGGUGUACCAGGAGCCUCUCACAGCAUCUCUGAAUUCCAACAGAGCCAUUCUCAGCUACGCUGACAUUCAGAUCAUCCUCAGCCCUGUCUCACAAAUACUGGAGCUCAACAGAGUGUUUCAGGCAGAUCUACAGGCCAGGCUGCAGCAGUGGGGUGCAGAGCAGUGUAUAGGAGACGUGUGUGUAAAGCUGUGCUCAAAUCUCAGAGUCUACACCAACUAUUUUAACAACUACACCACUGCUCUCUCCACCAUUGACAAGUGCAGAGAGAAGAAACCUGCCUUUCGAGCUUUCCUGAAGACCGCAGACAGAACUCUUGCAACACACAUGCUGAGCCUACAGGAGCUGCUGCUGUGUCCAGUCUGGAGAAUACAAGAGUAUGUGACUCUGCUACAAGCUCUGACAUUACACACACACCCCGCUCACCCCGACCACACACACCUCUCCUCCGCCCUCAACACACUGCAACGAUGCAGAGGAUUUAUACACAAGUUAAAGAGUAACUCAGAAAGAGACAAAUUGAUGGAGGAAACACAGCAGAUGAUCCAAGGUUGUCCGAACCUCAGCGAAGGAAACAGGCAGCUAAUAAUGACUCAGGAUGCUGCUUUGCUCAGGAGCCCUGAUCAACAUAUCCCAGACUCUCUCAGGACCUAUGAGCAUGUGUCCGAUGUGGGCAUGUUCCUGUUUAAUGAUGCUUUGGUGCUGACACAGCGGAGAGUGCUGCACACACCUUUUACCCUUGCUCACCGCAGCACACACACCUUCCUCGCCUCUGUGGACCUCGCCAGCCUGACUUUCAGAGAGAUCACACACACACGCUAUGUGUGUCAUGCCUUUGUCCUGGAGGGGCCUUGUCGUUCUUGGGUUUGUGCCACAGAGAGAGGUGAAGAGAGAUCGCACUUCCUGUCCGUGCUGAGUUCAGCUAUAAAAACAGCUCUGAAAGGACAUCAGUGA